AUGGAGUCCAAUACCAAGAAUCCAAAAUCAGCUACUCCGCUGAAAGACCCCCAUGGAUUUCAAUCAAACUUAUCUGAGAAUUCAAAUCCAAAUCUUUCCCAUUCAAGCCCUUGUUCAAAACCCACAUAUUCUCCUCUAACAAAAUCUGCAAAAUCCCAAAAAACGGUCUGGAAGAAUCUUACUUCGAAUCAAAAUCCAGUCAUUUAUUCACCCAGAAACAAGAUUAACGAAAGAAGGUUUGUGGUGGCAAGAAAGCAUUCAAAGAAAGAGACUUCGAAUUCAAAUUCAAGAACUGUGGAUUGCAAGUGCAAAGAGAGAUAUGGGGGAAACGUAAAGAAGUGUUUGUGUGUGGCCUAUGAGACAUUAAGGGCUUCACAGGAGGAGUUUUCCAAGAACAAGAAUGAUGGGGAAGACAAAGGUGAAACAGAUAAAGAAAAGGCCUUUGAUUAUAGAGUUGAGAGAGAAGUUUUGGAGGAUGAGAUAGAAGAUCAUUUAAUGGCUCAAAAUCUUGAGAUCGAAGAUAGGGAAGGAUCAGAUGCUCAAUAUUCCUGCGACAGUGAGAGACCAGGACAAAUGGGUAGUUCUACAAUCAAGAGAAGGAGAGAUAAGUUACUUGAAGAAGCAAGAAACAGUGUACCUGACAAUGGGAAAGUGAAGCAUUUGGUUGACGCCUUUGAGAAGCUUUUUACCCUUCCAAAUCCGAAGGAAUCAGAUAAAAAUGAAGAGGAGGAGAUAAAGGAGAAUAGAAAGAAGGUAAUGCAAUGGGCUUUGCCUGGAUUGCAGCCUCCUAAAGUGGUGCCUGAGACUGAGUUCUCUUCUUCUUCAUUCUGUGUAUCUGAUUUCUUUUUGACUUCUGAGAAUCUGGGUCUGGAUACAAGGAUUUCUAUUUCCUCUUCAUGGGAUGGCAGUCAAGGCAGGUGCAACAAUGGGGGGAGGAGAUUGAAGAAGAAGCAACUUAAAGUCACAAGCCAAAAGCCAUUUAAGCUUAGGACAGAACAAAGAGGAAAACUGAAGGAAGAGGAAUUCACAAAGAAGAUACAAGAAACAAUGAUGGAGGAGGAGAAGCUGCGAAUACCUAUUGCACAAGGCCUUCCUUGGACAACAGAUGAACCAGAGUGCCUAAUCAAACCUCCAGUGAAAGAAAACACCAGGCCCAUCGAUCUGAAGCUCCAUACUGAUAUUCGGGCUGUGGACCGUGCUGACUUUGAUCAUCAGGUAGCUGAGAAAAUGAGCCUGUUUGAGCAAUACAAGAUGGAAAGAGAGAGGCAACAAAAGUUGGCAGAAGAGGAAGAGGUCCGCAGAUUGAGAAAGGAACUCGUUCCAAAAGCACAACCCAUGCCCUAUUUCGACCGGCCAUUCAUUCCCAGAAGUCUUUAUGGCUAUGGUGGGGUAGUUUACAGUGGCUAA